AUGGGAUUUAUGGGCGUUCUUUGUUUCUGGCGCUCGAAAAAAAGGGGGAAAGACGAUGAGAUACGGAUUGUGCAUGCUGGUCGCCCAUCCAUGGAGUACUGUGACAAUACAGUGAAGAGCUCCAAGUACACGCUUCUUACAUUUCUUCCGGCGAACCUCUUUGAGCAGUUUCAUCGUCCGAUUAAUCUUUACUUCCUUUUACUGACAGCGCUCCAGUUUACCCCCUCUGUGGCCCCAGUGAGUCCGUUUACCUCACUUGUGCCGUUAACCAUUGCCUUUUUGAUCACCGCCAUCAAGGAGGGCAUUGAUGACUGGUAUCGACACAAGCUGGACGACGAGUGUAACUCCAGGUGGUACAGUAUAAUCGAUAUGGAAACCCUAAAUGUGGAGCGGGUACAAUGUAGGGACAUACGUGUUGGAGCUGUGCUGCUCUUGUUGCCCAUGGAGGUGGUUCCGUGUGAUGUUGUGUUACUGCUUUCCUCCGGUGAAAAUGGAGAGGUGGUGAUUUCCACCGAGGCGUUGGACGGUGAAACGGUUUGCAAGAAACGCUAUGCAAUAUUAAGUGACAUGUACGCCCAACGUCCGACAACAAGUGUGGCAACUGUGGAUUCCAUGCAGGAGGAUGAAACAAAUAUACGUGUGGCAGCAGAGUUUAUUAGGGAUACAGAAUGUGUUAUAGAAUCAGAGGGACCCAAGCCUUUUCUCAAUAGUUUUACAGGUGUUGCCAGAGUACAAGUGCCCCAUGAUACGGAAGAGGAAGUAACUAUUGGCGUCAAUGCCGAGAAUGUUGCCUUAAACUCAAGUGUACUAAGAAAUACUCGCUUUGCUCUGGGUGUGGCUGUGUUUACAGGCAACGAGACACGGGUUUCGAUGACACGCACUACACCACCCACAAAGUGGUCUUUGAUUGAUCAACGCUUUAAUCAAAUGGUCAUCGUUGUUUUUUUUAUUCAAUUUAUUUUAGUGACGGUGUACGUGGGUUUAUCAGACGCAGCGUUAGAAAAGGAUCAACACGCCCUUUGGUAUCUUGGCAUGUAUGAAGAAAAGAUAGCCUUGAAGGAGUACGUCAUUCUGUUGCCAUUACGGUUUUUUUUAUUGGUUUCCCCGAUGGUGCCGCUUUCUUUUAAAGUGAUGGUCGAUGCAUCCAAAGCAUUUAUCAGCAUUCUCAUCAAGUGGGAUGAGGAGAUGUCCGAUGAAAACAUCAAAACCGAAGUUCAUAAUUCCUCUUUGAUGGAAGAUCUUGGGCAGGUGGAGUAUUUGAUGACAGACAAAACGGGAACCCUCACACGUAACACAUUAACUCUCAAGAGUGUUGUAGCAACGAAUGGAAAAAUAUUCAACCCAGGGACUCCACAUGAGGCGUCUGUCGUCAGACGAGAAAUGAGGCAGGACGAAUCGUUAUUGCAAUUGAUGCGAGUAUUGGUUUAUUGUAAUACUGUGGAGAGCACACGAGGAAUAACAUUGAAUGUGGCGCAGACAUCAGCGCCAAAAUCUCCACCAUCUUCCGCGUGGGUGUCGCCGUCACCGGAUGAGGUGGCACUGGUAGAAGGAGCCACUUUUUUGGGUGUCAAGUUACUUGAGCGAAAAAGAAGACGAGCUUUUGUCAUGUUUGGCAACAAUGUUGAGUCUGCAACCGUGCUGAAGUUUCUUCCGUUUACUCCAGAACGUCGUCGGUCAAGUAUACUGCUUCAGAUUGAUGGGGAUAUGCGAUUUCUUCUUCUGACGAAGGGCUCAGAUGAAAGUGUUUUGCCGCGGUGUAUUAAAACCUCUUAUAACCGUCAGAGGGUUUUACACAGACUGAGUUGCUUGAGUAGUGAGGGGCUUCGUACGCUUGUGAGUGCCUACCGCUACUUGACAGAUGAGGAGGCAGAGAUAUGGCUGGCAGACGUACGAAGGAAGGAAGCGAUAGUCACUGCCGCUGCACGUGCUGUAAAUGUCGGUGAGGCAUAUGAGUCUUUGGAAAAAGACCUUAUUUACUGCGGCAUCACUGCGGUGGAGGAUCAACUACAGGACGACGUUUGUCGCACCAUCACACAAUUGCGAUCCGCUGGUAUACGGGUGUGGAUGUUGACGGGGGACAAAAGUCAAACGGCGAAACAGACAGCCAUAGCAAGCGGGCUUGUUGGCCCUGACGACAGAGUUAUUGCGUUGACCCCUGAGGACGUCGAAUCCCUGUCAGUCCAGGAACAUUUCGAGUACGUCGAACGGCGUGUGAAUUAUGUAUUACGUAAACGGAAAUUCCAAGAGGCUGAGAAGAAGCAUAAUAUUCACCGUUCCUGGUACGUGCGUUCUGGUCUUCGUGACUUUGUAGGGGAAUUUUUUCACCAUGAAUCCAUUUUAUCUUUGCUUUACCACCCUUCGAGUAAGAGUUUUUCACAGGACUGUGAUGAAUACUUCACGCGUGAGGAUGUGGCAGAGAAUGAACAGGAGGAUUUACUGAGCAACUCCGUGACAAUUCAGAGUGGGGGCUAUGUGAUUCUUUUUUCAGGAAAAACGAUUGAGUUUUUAAAAGAAUGUGGCAAUAAGGAACUCUUUGUAAACUUCAAACGAGUGUUAUUGCAUGCCUCUACAGUCAUUUGUAGUCGUAUGGCACCAGAGCAAAAAUCUUUUGUUGUGCGAACUGUGAAGAAAGCAGGUCAUGUGACGUUGGCUAUUGGGGAUGGUGGAAAUGAUGUGUCUAUGAUCCAGUCUGCCCAUGUGGGUAUUGGAAUGAGAGGAAGAGAAGGCACUCAAGCGACAGCAGCUUCUGAUGUCGUUGUGUCUCAGUUUUGCUUCUUGUCCAGAUUGCUUUUGUUUCACGGUCACACAGCAUACCAGCGUUCGGCGAUUAUUGUACAACAAAGUUUUUGGAAAACCGUUGCUUUAGCAUGGAUGCAAUUACUCUUCAACAUAUACACGAAAUUUUCUGGUGUUUCUUUUUGGGAUUCUUUUUCACUUAUGAUGUACAACUCGCUUUUUACUGUCCCCGUGACUUUUCUCUGUGCACUGAAUAUACCACUUUCAGCUUCCGUGCUUCUCAACAACCCCCAGCUGUACAUCCUCUGUCAGAGGGGUAGGUAUUUGAACAUGGUAACUUUUUAUGGAUAUGUUUUUAGAGGAUUCCUGCAUGGAACGAUUAUCUUUUUCCUUGCGUUCGGUUUUCUCAAUGACAGUUCCAGUGGAGUCAUGCGGUUUGGUCACCCAAUGGACCGUGCGUGCGAUUUUUAUGUGAGUUGCUUUGCUUUAGUGACGCUUCACUCAUGCAUCAUCCUGCUGGAGACGCACUACAUCACAUUCUUUCAUUGGUUGGCACUAAUAUGGUCAGUGGUGGCGUUGUUUUUGUGCCUUUCGUUGUAUGGAUUACUCUCUGAAAAUCAUUCCCUCUUGGAGCUUUUGAGAAAUGCAUCUUUUUAUUUGCAGUGGAAUAUUGUGGUGGCAGUACCUUUUAUUUCCCUGUCCGUGUAUUCGGCAAUUAAGCUUUUUUUCUUCCCAGAUGUUCUGCAACUUCAACGACUUAUCAUUCAUAAAAUGUCGAAAGUCCCGUUUCUCUCUGGUUUGUGGCCAUUUUGGGUAGAUGAAAACCCCUCCCGAUUUUGGGGGUCCUUCUCGGUGCGUCACUGGUGCCGCGACAAGAGUCGUACCCCUUGUGGCUCCCAAUCCGUAGGCGGGAUCACUAGUCUGGACAUGCAGGCACAAAUUAAUGCCGAAGACUAUUGUGGCGAGCCCCACAUUGUAAAGAUGGCUUUGGAUACAGUUCGAGAUUCCACGGCUCUGUCGGAGCCCUUUAUCAAGAGAGUGUAG